AUGUCUUUACCUGCUUCAUUCGAUUUAACUCCAGAAGACGCCAAGUUGUUAUUGGCUGCCAACGUCCACUUGGGUUCCAAGAACGUUCAAGUCCACAACGAACCAUACGUUUACAAGACCAGACCAGAUGGUGUUAACGUCAUCAACAUCGGUAAGACUUGGGAAAAGAUUGUCUUAGCUGCUAGAAUCAUCGCUGCUAUCCCAAAUGCUGCUGAUGUCGCUGUCUGUUCUUCCAGAACUUUCGGUCAAAGAGCUGUCUUAAAGUUCGCUGCCCACACUGGUGCUACCCCAAUUGCCGGUAGAUUCACCCCAGGUAACUUCACUAACUAUAUCACCCGUUCUUUCAAGGAACCAAGAUUAGUUGUUGUCACUGACCCAAGAACUGAUGCUCAAGCUAUCAAGGAAUCUUCUUACGUUAACAUUCCAGUUAUUGCUUUAACUGACAUGGAUUCCCCAUCUGAAUACGUUGAUGUUGCUAUCCCAUGUAACAACAAGGGUAAGCACUCUAUCGGUCUUAUCUGGUGGUUAAUUGCUAGAGAAGUCUUAAGAUUAAGAGGUGUUAUCCCAGACAGAACCACCGAAUGGUCUGUCAUGCCAGAUUUAUACUUCUACAGAGACCCAGAAGAAAUUGAACAAAACGCUGCUGAAGAAUCCAAGGAUGUUGAAGGUACCUCUGAAGCUCCAGUUGCUGAAGCUGAAGCUGAAUGGACCGGUGAAACUGAAGAAGUUGACUGGGCUGAAUCUGCUGCUCCUGCUGCUGAAGAAGCUGCUGCUUCUAACUGGUAA